GUUGUUGUGGAGGCCAAAAUGGCGGCUCAGGCGGCGGCGGCGGCCCAGGCAGCACAGGCCGAGGCAUCCGAGUCGUGGUACUUAGCGCUUCUGGGUUUCGCCGAGCACUUCCGCACUUCCAGUCCUCCCAAGAUCCGCCUGUGCGUGCACUGCCUACAGGCCGUGUUCCCCUUCAAGCCGCCGCAGCGCAUCGAGGCCCGCACGCACCUGCAGCUCGGCUCCGUGCUCUACCACCACACCAAGAACAGCGAGCAGGCGCGCAGCCACCUGGAGAAGGCGUGGUUGAUAUCUCAACAAAUCCCACAGUUUGAAGAUGUUAAAUUUGAAGCAGCAAGUCUGUUGUCUGAAUUAUACUGUCAAGAGAAUUCCGUUGAUGCAGCAAAGCCUCUGCUGCGAAAAGCAAUCCAGAUCUCACAGCAGACCCCAUACUGGCACUGCCGCCUGCUCUUCCAGCUCGCUCAACUGCACACGCUUGAGAAGGACCUGGUGUCAGCCUGCGACCUCCUGGGUGUGGGGGCUGAGUACGCCCGUGUGGUAGGAUCUGAGUACACACGGGCGCUGUUCCUGCUCAGCAAGGGGAUGCUACUGCUCAUGGAGCGCAAGUUGCAGGAAGUCCACCCGCUGCUGACCCUCUGUGGACAGAUCGUCGAGAACUGGCAGGGGAACCCCAUCCAAAAGGAGUCGCUGCGCGUCUUCUUCCUGGUGCUCCAGGUGACACACUACCUGGAUGCAGGGCAGGUGAAAAGUGUGAAGCCAUGCCUGAAGCAGCUGCAGCAGUGCAUCCAGACCAUCUCCACACUGCACGACGACGAGAUCCUACCCAGCAACCCUGCCGACCUCUUCCACUGGCUGCCCAAGGAGCACAUGUGCGUGCUCGUCUACCUGGUGACCGUAAUGCACUCCAUGCAGGCCGGCUACCUGGAGAAGGCACAGAAGUACACGGACAAGGCCCUCAUGCAGCUGGAGAAGCUCAAGAUGCUCGACUGCAGCCCGAUCCUAUCCUCCUUCCAAGUGAUCCUUCUGGAGCACAUCAUCAUGUGCCGGCUUGUCACGGGGCACAAAGCCACCGCACUGCAGGAGAUCUCCCAGGUCUGCCAGCUAUGCCAGCAGUCACCCCGGCUCUUCUCCAACCAUGCGGCACAGCUGCACACACUGCUGGGCCUGUACUGUGUCUCUGUCAACUGCAUGGACAACGCAGAAGCCCAGUUCACCACAGCCCUGCGGCUCACUAACCACCAGGAGCUAUGGGCCUUCAUCGUGACCAACCUGGCGAGUGUGUAUAUACGGGAAGGAAAUAGACACCAAGAGGUACUGUACAGUUUGCUUGAGAGGAUAAAUCCAGACCAUAGCUUCCCUGUCAGCUCACACUGCCUCCGAGCGGCGGCUUUCUACGUGCGCGGGCUCUUCUCCUUCUUCCAGGGACGCUACAAUGAGGCCAAGCGAUUUCUGCGGGAAACUCUGAAGAUGUCCAAUGCAGAGGAUCUGAACCGGCUCACAGCCUGCUCCCUCGUGCUCCUAGGCCACAUCUUCUAUGUGCUGGGGAACCACAGGGAGAGUAACAAUAUGGUGGUGCCUGCCAUGCAGCUGGCCAGCAAGAUCCCAGACAUGUCAGUGCAGCUGUGGUCAUCAGCCCUGCUAAGAGACCUGAACAAGGCUUGCGGGAACGCCAUGGAUGCCCACGAGGCUGCUCAGAUGCACCAGAACUUCUCACAGCAGCUGCUCCAGGACCACAUCGAGGCCUGCAGCCUCCCCGAGCAUAACCUCAUCACGUGGACAGAUGGCCCGCCCCCUGUACAGUUCCAAGCUCAGAAUGGACCCAACACCAGCCUGGCCAGCCUCCUGUGAGGCCCCUGCAGGGGACCGCCCAGCUCCUCGGGGCCUCUGUGGGGCCCUGCAUGUCCCUGGCUUCCACCCAGAUAGCCGUGGAGCU